UGCUAUUUGUGUGCGUAAUUCUGGCAGUUCGGCUCUGAAUCAAAAUGAUUGUGUGGAUAGCUCUCCAGCCAUGAUGCCACCUACAUCUUUUUCCUCGAAGGAGGACGAGGAAUGGUCAGAACAACAGCGCUGGAUCGUGCAAGUCCUCGACAAGAAGUUUCGAGAGCAAGAGGGCAUUAUCCAGAGAAUGCUUGACAAAGCCCUAUCCCAAGACUCAGAAGUUGAAGAGGAUGAGCAUCACCAGUCCCUCUUUGAAGCAGCCAGAGAAAGCCAUGAAGGGGAGAAUGUUGCUCGGCUUGGCUCUAUGGUCACUGAGGGUAGCCCAUCUGAGCCGAAGUUAGAAUCCAGCUGGAAAGGCCCGAUUUCCUUGGGAAAGGACAUCUUGAGUGAACGGAGUGUGCCAGAUCCGCCACUAGAGCGCUUUGUGCAAGGGCCCUUGGAUGCUUGGAUGGCGUUUGUGGUAUGCAUCAACCUUGGCUUCAUGAUUGCCUCCACGCAGCUGCAAUCAGAAGUGUCCAGUUUCUAUUUGCAGCUUACAUCCGUUGACCCUGGCAGUGGUUCACCUGAGGUGUUUCAGGUAGUCGAAAUCAUAUUCUUUUGCAUCUAUGUUUUGGAUGUGCUCGUCCGAGUUUAUGUGUUGCGCUCGCGCUGGUACUAUGAUCCUCGUGAAGGAGUCAUGUUGAUGAAUAUGUUUGAUGCAGCUCUAGUGGUCAUCAGCGCUUUUGAGCUUUUUGUGUUUCCUGCGCUUUCGACCGGCAGUGAAGAGGCACAGGCGCGCAGCCUUCGGGUCAUUAAACUCAUCCGCAUUGUGCGCACCCUUCGAGUUGUCAAAACAGUUGCGGCAUUUCGGCAGCUUCGAAUCUUGGUUGGGACGUGUUUUGCAAGUAUUGGUGCGUUGGGCUGGUCAAUGGUGCUGUUGCUGCUUCUAAAGUUGGGCUUUGCUCUAGCAAUCUCUCAAGCUUUGCAAGGGUAUAUCCAAGAUUUAGAGGCCAGCUAUGACUCCAGGAUUUUGAUCUACGACUACUAUGGCAGCUUCUUGAGAGCGCUGUAUACUAUGUUUGAAAUCACGCACAGUGGCAGUUGGCCUGCCCGCGUCAGACCUGUCAUUGAAAAAGUCAAUGCCUGGUAUGCGUUGCCCUUUCUGGGGUAUAUUACAUUGGUUGUGUUUGCUGUAAUUCGAAUAGUGACGGCCUUGUUCUUGAAGGAGACGCUUGAAAGUUCCGCGAAUGAUGCAGACAUAGCAAUGGAGAGCCAAUCCCACGAGGCAGCAAAACUAAACCAGAAAUUAGAAGCGCUGUUCCGGGCGAUGGAUGAAGAUGAAGGAGGAGCCCUUUCACGAGAAGAGCUUGUAUCAGCAAUGAGCCUCCCGAGUGUGCAACGAUACAUGCAAAUCCUGGAAGUGCGCACGGCAGACUAUGAGGAUUUGUUUGAUAUUUUGGACGACGGAGACGGUCGCAUUACGAUUACUGAGUUUGUCCAGGGCUUGAAGAAAAUCAAGGGCAAUGCCCGAGCUAUUGAUAUGGUUAAAUUGCAGCACACAACCACGAAGCUUGCAAAAGAGUGCCAAGAAAUCUGUCGAGUUCUUGCUGCAGGGCAAUACCGUAGAGACAGAGAGCGACGUUUCUCCCUGACGACCGCCAAGGUCUAAGGCCCUUUACGGGCGCACUGACUGAAGAGCAAUAAAAUUAACAGCCACAAACCUUGAUUCUGGCAGAGCCAAGUCAAGGCACGUCGCAAUGGACAAACUAUUCGACCGCA